AUGGCUUCAAGGAUUCUGACAAAUUGUAACCGCUCGGUUUCGCGUUUAUUAUGUGACCCAAAAACAUUAAGGAGUGUGGCUGCUCUAACAUAUGCUUCUUCAUCAGUCAAUUUACAAGAAAGAAAUGUCAUUCCAGUUAACUGCCGGAUGGGAUUGCAUUCAUCCACCUCAGUAUUGGUUACUGCAGAUGUUGCUAAAAAGGUUGUAUCUACACCACCGAAACCGACAGCAAAAGGUUCGAAAGGACGCAUAGUAGCAGUAAUUGGUGCAGUAGUGGAUGUGCAGUUUGACGAGGGACUACCAUCAAUUCUCAAUGCACUUGAAGUAUCUGGACGGAAACCACGUCUUAUCUUGGAAGUUGCACAACAUCUUGGUGACAAUGUAGUGCGAACAAUAGCUAUGGACGGUACGGAAGGACUUGUUCGAGGAGAUGAAGUAAUAGAUACUGGCGAUCCGAUCAAAAUCCCAGUUGGGCCCGAAACGCUUGGUCGUAUCAUGAAUGUUAUUGGUGAACCAAUCGAUGAACGAGGCCCUAUCAAUUCCAAACAUUUUUCUCCAAUUCACACUGAAGCACCAGAAUUCAUCGACAUGAGCGUGGAGCAAGAAAUUCUUGUGACUGGAAUUAAAGUUGUCGAUUUACUUGCGCCGUAUGCAAAGGGUGGUAAAAUUGGAUUGUUUGGCGGAGCUGGUGUAGGAAAAACUGUGCUAAUUAUGGAAUUGAUCAAUAAUGUCGCCAAAGCGCACGGUGGUUACUCAGUGUUUGCUGGUGUUGGUGAACGUACUCGAGAGGGAAACGAUUUAUACCACGAAAUGAUUGAAGGUGGUGUCAUCGAUCUAAAAGGCAAAAAUUCGAAAGUAUCUCUUGUAUAUGGGCAAAUGAAUGAACCACCAGGAGCACGAGCGCGAGUUUGUUUGACUGGUCUAACAGUUGCUGAAUAUUUCCGUGACCAUGAAGGACAAGAUGUUUUGCUUUUCAUCGAUAAUAUUUUCCGAUUUACGCAAGCUGGUUCUGAAGUCUCAGCAUUGCUUGGACGUAUUCCAUCUGCUGUAGGUUAUCAACCAACUUUAGCAACAGAUAUGGGUAGCAUGCAGGAGCGAAUCACUACAACCAAAAAGGGCUCGAUCACAUCAGUGCAAGCCAUUUAUGUACCUGCUGAUGAUUUAACAGAUCCAGCUCCAGCAACCACAUUUGCCCACUUAGAUGCUACUACUGUCUUAUCCCGAGGCAUUGCUGAACUAGCUAUUUAUCCUGCUGUAGACCCGCUCGAUUCAACAUCUCGUAUCAUGGAUCCCAAUAUCGUUGGGCAAAAGCAUUAUGAUAUUGCUCGCGGUGAUUACAAAUCAUUGCAAGAUAUCAUUGCCAUUCUCGGCAUGGAUGAACUGUCAGAAGAAGAUAAGUUAGUGGUGUCGAGAGCUCGGAAAAUUCAGAAAUUUUUGUCGCAGCCAUUCCAAGUUGCAGAAGUUUUUACUGGACAUAAAGGCAAAUUUGUAACUCUCGAAGAGACAAUCAAGGGAUUUGAACUUAUUUUGAAAGGUGAAAUGGAUCAUUUUCCGGAAGUAGCAUUUUAUAUGCAAGGUGGAAUCGAUGACGUGGUCCUAAAAGCUGAAGAACUGUCCAAGCAAAAUAUGUGUCACGAAGAUGAGCAAGUAGCGCAAGCAUCCGAUGUAGAAAUUUCGGCAUUGGUUGGAUGGAUGGCAACAAAUAGUGAUGGUAUACAUGAUACAAAUAUUGUUGAAUACUGUUCAAGACUUGGCGCUCGAAACUACAAUUUCAUAAAUUAUCCAGUUGGCGGUAUGAAACGAUCUUCAUGGCGCCCUGAAAGAAACAGCGCUCCACCACCGAUAGAUCUGCCGGAUUUGCAACUUGAUGUUAAAUUAUGGGGAACAUAUGUUAUAGGAAGGAUAUCGGACUGGAUAGAUUGUGAUGCGAACGAAAGUUGGUUGGCAGAUUUAUCAUGCGUUGAAAUUGAAAAGGAGCUUAAUUAUAUGACUUAUAUGCCGUUGCGUGUGUUAACGUUGGAACUAAAACAUCGUGAUUCACCAAAAUUAGCGGAAAUAUUAACAAAGUGGAUGUGGACGCGGAAUAUGACUUACAGUGUUUGGGUAUUUUUGCCAACUGAUGAAAGUCUUCUUCCUGUCGCGGAUUGUGGACUAGAUGGUCGGGAUAUUUGGAGAAUAUGGGCUGAUUUCCGAAAUCUCUGCACCAAUUAUCCGAUGCAGAAAUUAGCUGUUGGAUUGAGACUAUGUCCUAAUCUUGCCGAUGAAUUCCUGGAACCAAGACUAUAUAAGCGCUGGCAUGCUGAGCCGCUAUGUUCAUUUUGUAUUGAAACAUCCAUUUUCACAUCUAGUGGGCAGUAUGGCAAAUGUACGCUGCCACCAGCGCAUUGUCGUUUGUUAAUGGAUUUAUUCGUAUCGGUCAUACAACGACCGUUGAUACACAGCAGUAGCUCUGAACAGGUUGAUGAGCAUCUUCGAUUGCAAUACGUAAAUAUGAUCAAACAACUGAUACAGGAAAAAGCAAUUCAGUCAAAAGAGGCUGCACUUGCUGGUAGGGAUGACGAUAUUUUGUUCGAGUAUCUUGGACAUCGGGAGUAUAUUGAUACUUUACAGAUGCCUCUGCAACCCUUAGCGGAUAAUCUUGAUUCGGGUACUUAUGCUAUUUUUGAAGAGGAUUCUGUGAAAUAUGAUUUAUAUCGUGAAGCGAUAUGUCACGCUAUCGAGGAUCUUGUUAAAAUAAUUGGCGAGGAGCGAAACAUCGUUGUAUAUCUUUUAGGAGCAGGGAGAGGGCCCCUGAUGCAAAUGAUAAUUGAAGCUGAAGAAUUAUUCAAUGCAAAAAGUUGUAAUCGCCGCGACUUGCUGAAGCUUGAACUUUACUCAAUAGAAAAAAAUGCACAUGCCGUUGUUACUUUACAAUUUAGGAACAAACAUCAGUUGGUUCUUGUUUUACAAAAAUUAAAAUGCGAUUAUUUUGCUUGCUGGAAGGAUCGAGUGCAAAUUAUAGAAGGCGAUAUGCGAAGGUUGGGUGAAAAGGUCAGAGCUGGUCAGCUGCCAUUCCCAGAUUUAGUUGUUUCGGAAUUAUUGGGAUCUUUCGGUGAUAAUGAGCUAUCUCCUGAAUGCCUCGAUAGUAUCACGGAUAUUUUGCGCCCAACCACGAUUAACAUUCCUCAGCAGUAUACCAGUUACAUCGCUCCCAUUCAGUCAGUUCGUUUACACCAAAAAGUACUGUGCUCUUCCGGUGGUACAAAAUAUUUUGAGCGAGGUUUUCCUGGCCGUGGACGAUUGGAACCCGUUAAAUUACAGGAUGGCACUUAUGCAUUACCUGAAUGCCCAGAAGCUUCACAGUUCGACGAAAUAUAUAUAGUUUGUAUGCGUUCCGUUUAUGAGCUUGCAAAACCCAAAGCUGUUUUCAACUUCGAGCAUCCAAACUUCGAACGAAAAUCAAAUGCUCGAAGUGCUUGUAUUCAGUUCACAAUCGACAUGCAAUCGGAAUUAAUGGGAUUCGCAGGCUAUUUUACUGCACGACUUUACAGGAAUUGCCAAUUGAGCAUUGUUCCACAGACACACACAAAAGGCUUAGUUAGUUGGUUUCCAGCGCUUAUACCACUUCGACAGCUUUAUUGUUUACAGAAGGGUGCUGAAGUCAUCUUUCAUGUUGAACGGAAAAUUGAUGCGCGAGGUGUUUGGUAUGAAUGGUUUUGCGAAUUCCAGGUUUUCACGGCUGAUUUAAGUGAAAUAUUACUCGCUGAACGUCGUGACGAAGAAGAAAUUGAUUAUUUAGCAAGGGAGCUAUCGCACAUUGUCAAAGAUUUAUUAGGUCCUCGGUUCUGGAUUUCGUAUUGGAAUUAUUAUCCGAUCCUAGCAAGUACUUUAUAUUACGCUGUCACAUUCUUAUCAGGUGAAGCAGUGCAGACAGUUGGGGAAGAGUACAUCGCGAUCUUGCCUUUGCUAUCAGCUCGACAGCGCAAAGUACCCCGCUUCACACGCCGUUUAAUUUUUAUCCUCUUGUUUACUGUAGCACCAUUCUUGAUUGAAAAAGUUCUCGAAAUAAUUCAGAAGAAAUUGGAAAAUUCACUGAGCGCUAACGAAACAAUUUUCUUUGAUAAGAAACAAAGAAAUCUUCAUGAAACUCUGCUCAGUCUUGUUGUCUCAGUUAGAAAUAGUGGUAUUCCAGUGCUGUAUCGUUUGAAUUCAGCAUUAUUUUACUUGUUUGGAACUUAUUAUUAUAUUUCAAAGCGUCUAGUCGGUUUGAAAUACGUUUCAUUUCGGGCACAGUCCAAUUAUCAGGCUUUGUCUUACUUCCGUUUCUUUGGAGUAGUAAACAUUGCACAAAUAAUUUCAAGUGCAGCAAUUUGGAUUAGAGAUGAACUGAGAAGACAGCGUAGUGAAGAAAAAACUGAAUUCAGUCAAUUAUCUGAAUCCGAAAUAUCGGAAGAAGAGGACGAUCUGCUUCCAUAUAAUUCAUUUCGGUGUUCACUUUGUUGGCAGUACAAUAGGCCACCAAUUUGUAUUCCCUGUGGACAUCUAUUUUGCUGGAGUUGCAUUUCAAAGCACAUAAAGUUUACUGCCACUAGCAAUGCGUUAGCAUUUUGUCCACAGUGUCGAGAAGAAUUCCACCAAAGUCGAGUGGUAAUGAUUAUGAAUGUUUCUGCUAUAAUUUGGAAAAAAUUACCGUGCGAAAAUGUAAAAUGGGUGUUUGAAAAAGGAAUUUUUCGAUUUGCAUCAUCAAUUACAGCAAAGUCGGAAAAUAAACACUUUCCAGUAAUUUACGUCUCCGGUAUCCAACCAACUGGAGUUCCACAUUUGGGUAAUUAUUUUGGCUUCGUCCAGCAGUGGAUCAAUAUACAAAAUGAUGGCCGCUCAAAACAAAUGUAUCUUUCUAUUGCUGAUUACCAUUCGAUUUCAAUGGGUUUCAUGGAUCCUCUGAAAAUGAGAAAUAACAUUUUAAAAAUGGCUGCGAGUCUGCUGGCUUGUGGAUUGGAUCCGAAAAAGACGAUUUUGUUCCAGCAGAGCAGAGUGGCUGAUCAUGCUAACUUGAUGUAUAUACUGGGAAGUUUACAGACUGUUGCCAGACUUACUCGAAUGCCACAAUACAGAGAUAAAGCUGCUGCAUUCAAGAAGGGUGACAUUCCUAUGAAUCUUCAAUUAUAUCCUAUUUUGCAAGCAGCGGAUGUAUUACUAUAUAAAGGAACUCAUGUACCGGUUGGCGACGACCAGACUCAGCAUCUUCUUUUAAUGAGAGAUUUGGCUGUCAAAUGCAAUGCUGUUCUUCGUUGUGAUUUCUUUCCUGUUCCAGUUCAGAUAAGUGCUAAAUGUGCACGCUUAAAAAGCUUGCAAAAUUCGACUAAAAAAAUGAGUAAAUCAACUGGUAACGAUCGAUCGCGCAUUCUACUCAGUGACACAAAACAAAUAAUUGCCGAGAAAUGUGCAAAAGCCUUGAGUGAUUUUCAAUCCAACAUUACUUAUGAACCGGAAAAGCGCCCUGCAAUCAGUAACCUGGUAACUCUUUAUUCCUUAACGACUGGUUUGAGUAUUGAAAAUGUGAUCGAUGAAUGCGCCAGUUUGGAUACGAAAGAAUUCAAAUCGUGUUUAGCGGAAAAAAUUGAUGCCCACAUUGCGCCGUUUCGGGAGAAAUAUGAAAGUCUACUGCAAGAGCCGCAGCUAAUUCAGGAUAUUCUGAUGUUUGGUACUCAGAGAGCUGAAGAAAAGGCGCAGGAAACAAUGGCAGAAUUGAGGGAAUUGCUAGUAAAUCUGACACCAUUUUGUUCUACAAUGAUGCGACAUUUUGGACGAAUAUUACUAAUUACGUGUAUAAGAUUGAGUAAUAUUUCAUGUGCACUUUCGCUUGCAUUUUGCGCCAUUCACAGAGUCUCACUCAUUGCUUUACCUAUGCUCCUCGUUGCAGUACUAUUAUCCAUUCCGGUGCUAACAACAAUCAAAAGAAUUGCUUGUGUUCUUAUCACUUAUUAUAUAUUAGCUGUUACACUCUUUAAGCUAAUAUUUGAUGCAUAUAAAGGAUUCAUUGAUUAUCCGAAUUUCUGCGACACUCCUGAUUUGAUAAAAUGGUUGUAUUGGGUGGGAUUGAUUUCAGAUGAUACCAGACCGGCCUUGGGACCGAUAGUUUGUAUAUGUGCUCUUUCUGUACGGUCUUCUUUUCAACACAUCAAGGAAAUGUAUGCGAUACGCUACAAGCAAUCACUGUCAGUUUUACCAUUUCCGGACGUAGACUACACUAAUGCCGACAGUGGAAUUGUUCAUUUUGUCAAAUUUUAUGCAAAUUUUAUUCUGUAUAAAUUUGGUUAUGAGCUGUAUAUGAUUCUCGUUCUUCUCUCAGCAGUGGUGGCUGCAAAUAUCAUCUCGUUAUCAUCAGUAAUAGGCUUGGUAAUUUGCUUGCUAAUAGAUCGAUGGCGUGUUCGACGUAUAUUCUUAAUUUUUGUCUGUUAUCAUUUAAUUGUCCUUGUCUACUCAUUAUUUGCAUAUAUCGGUCCUAUACCUGGAAUAUCUAUAUAUCCGGAUUAUGCUCCAUAUUUUGCUUUCAUUAAUAAUGGACAAUAUACAGCAAGUUCACAACGAAAAUCAUCAUAUGCUGUUUAUUAUUAUUUCCUCAACCUUAUUGUCUCCAUCAUACAGUAUUACAAUUUUAAAAUUGAGAGUCUGGAAGGAGAGAGUGCUGGUGGUGGAUCAAAUGAUGGCAUUCUAUUAGCACUUCAUCGAAAUGAAUCUCUCGAGUGUAAUCCUGCUCCUCAUUUUUUCUCUACUCAAGUCAAGAUAUUGGAUGAAUUGAAGCGAUGUAUAUGUUCCUACUAUCAUUGGAUUGUAUUAUUGCUUGUGUUAUCAGAUGGAAUACGUCUCUCAUCACCAAUCUUUUUGUCAGCGGUUCUUAUUAUCCUUGCAUUUCUCAAUCUUUGGCGUGGUGCCGAUCUUUACCUUUCACAUCCAACUGUUUUUAUCCGAAAAUGGCGUCUAAUAACAAUUUAUCUUCUUUUUGCAAUUUUUCUACGUAUUGCUGCGCUGAUCGCUGAUGGAUUAAUAGGAUAUUUUUUAAUAUAUGACAAAACGAAACAUUCAAUUAGUUUUACGUCGUUUCACGUGAUGUUGUCUUAUUUUUCAAAUUCUUCCGAAGAUAACACCACACCCUAUGGAGAAUUAAGUACAAAUAGCUUUCUUUUCGAUGUGCUGACCUUCGCAGCUCUUUUGCUUCAACUUCGUCUGAUCAGUAGUUGAGGUGUGGUACUUCAAACUCAGUUAAUUUACAAAGCGAUGACCUAUCAUCAACGACAAGAUCGUCGUCGCUUGAACAAAAUAAAACGUAGUGUGGGAGCAAUGGCGAAACUCAAUCUACCUUUUGGAGAAUGGUUUAUUGAAUCAAUACGUGGAUGGAACGAGAAUUUAUUGCAUACGGUAGAUUCGGCAACAGAAAAUGUGGAAGAAGCAACGUCUACGUCAACUAGCCAAGAUGAUAGGAUGAAAGAGAGUAAGAAAACUCAGACUCCAUACAUUACAAUCUCCGCUUUGCUCUCUGUCUGUGCUCUUUGGUUGGCUCGUAAAACACUUAGCUAUCGUUACAUUCGCUUCGUUAUCAAUGAAGAAAAGAGGCUGUUGUUAGAGAAACUCCCAAAGGAGUUAAGUUUGGCUUCACAAAAUUCCUUAGCUAAGCUUGAAAAAUGCAAUCUUGGAAAUGAGAUUUGUUUGGUCACCAAUUCCAGAGACAUUGUCAGAUACAUGAAUGAAGUACAUCAUCGCUGGCUAAAGUUACCAUUACUUUGGCGUUUACUGAAUGCAGUUGGAACAUUUUGCGUUUGUAAUACGGCUUUGUUAUGCUAUUUAGUAAUAAUUGUUGCACAUGGUCAAGCUGCUUGCUUACUUACAUUUCCGCUUACAAUAUUAGUCUUUUUUUGGGGAGCAAUCACCGAACAGAGACGUCGUUUACUUUGGACUAUUGCUAUUUUUUAUGUACAGACAAUGAUAAUAGUAUCAGUUUGCUUUAAAUAUACUUCUUUACCGUGGGUAUGCAAAGAAUGGAUGAAAUGUGGCAGAUGGAGUAUGGCGAUGAUUGGACAGUUUGUUGGUAUCGCUGGUGAACCGAUAUCAGUUGUCAUAUUUUGUCUUCUUGUCCUUGCUCUCUUCACCCAUCGUCAUAAUAUGAGACGAAAUGGUUUUUGGUAUGUGUCGAGUAUGCAAUUAUUACGGAAUGAAGAUCACAAGAAAUGUUGCUUAUGGUCAGUAUUAUUGGAUAUCUUAAAAUUACGACAACGUUCUCCGUCCAACUAUUAUCCGUGGAUGAUUUUGUCUGAUUUACUUGCUCUUAUUACAAUGGUUGUUAAUUUUUCCAAUUUUGAUUUGGCACGACGGGAUGCAUUCACAUUAUUGGAGAGUAAAAGUAGCCUGUUGCCAGAUGCAUUUGUUUACUAUUUUAUGAUAAGUCUUGGCAUGAUUAUAUUGGAUCGAAUAAUUUACCUCAAGCGAGCAAUACGAGUGAAAUUUGUAUAUUUGGUGAUUGAAGUUGUUGGAAUUCAUGUUUAUAUUUUUAUAAUAUUGUUAAUUUCGCCAGAAACCGAUGAGAAUCAUCGGAUGACGGUCGGUCUAUUUAUUUGGUACAUAGCUCGUGGUAUACACAUGCUUUCAAGUGCAUUUCAAGUACGAGAUGGUUAUCCAAAAUUCAUCGUUGGUGACGUGAUGAUGAAAUCCAAUCCAUUUAGCUGGGCCUUAUAUGUCGGAUAUUUUUACACCGUUCCAGUCUUUGAAAUAGCAACAAUUCUUGAUUGGACAUUUACAUCAACAACUUUAACUCUAUUAGAUUUCUAUAUUCUGAAGACAAUUAAUUAUUAUUUAUAUUUUAUCAAAGGCAUGCGAAAGCUCGAAGCGUUCUAUCCAAGGAAGCGUGCAGAACUGACUUCAGUUCCAGUUAAGAUAUUUUUGGGUGGAGGAAUACUCAUUGCAGUAUUUGUCAUUCUUGUUAUGUUAAUUCUCUUCAUAUCUGAAAAUAUGUUUGUUGGGGUUUUCCUUCCGGUCCAAAUGGUAUUCACAUUAAGGAUUGAUCAGCAACCGAUAUUGUACGAGUGUCAUUUGGAAGAUAUACCAUUGAUCAGUGAUAAAGAGUACAAUUAUUUGAUCAAAUAUUUUGCCUUUGAUAUAUAUACACAAAAUUUUAUAAAGUCACUCGGUGCGGAAACUAUUGUGAAGGCUACGUUACCCUCUCGAAGUAUGAUUCAUUAUAUUCAUCCAGGAUGGGAAGCGCAAUUAGUCCAACUGGCAAACAAAUCCACCAAUGGAUUGAAAUUGAAAUCACGAAUUUAUCUGCGAAGAAUGCGUAUCAGAGAACAGACAGAUAAUUUGCUAAAAAAAACGGACACAACACCGUUGGAAACUGCUCGUGAGUGGGAAAUGGAAAUAGAACGAGAGGAGUUGCAACAAUUUCUUGAUGUGCUUAAAUCAACAAAUUGUUCAAAUGUUUUUGAAAUAGACAUUUCGGAAAUAGUUCGUUCGUUGAUUACUGUACCUAAUGGUGAUUUAAUGUAUGAAAAUCCAACCAUUGGUGUGGAACAAUUUAGCCAUCGUUUUGCUUAUUUCAAUUAUUCAUUUAAAUACAUGACGAGAUUGAAGAUUUGUUAA